CCAGCGAGAUUUCUUUGGCCUCCCUGUCAUCUUGCCGGUGUGUGCUGCCACCUAGCCGGUCGAGAUGAUCUCUUACUUGUCAACGCACCACAAAGACAGAGGUGAGGCGGGUGGGGGCAGACAGACGAGAACGGAGACAUAAUGCAGUUUAUGCUCUGCUGUUUAUUCAAAGGCACGUCAGCAGCGAGCCGCUCUCGUUCUCGGGACCGCUCGCCUCGCGCCGCACAUCGGCGGGUGACCUUAGAGGGCAGGAGGGAGUUGAGCCAUGAGCGACAGCGCCAGCGCCAGGAGGUGGUGGCUUAUUGGGGAGGAGGGGAGGAGAAGUUGCUGACGGACGAGGAGAUCGAUGCCAUGAUGCCGAGCGACGAGGAGACGGCGGCCAUCGCCGAGCAGCGUCGGCGCGACAAGGAGAAGCUCAAACCCGAGGACAUCGCUGCGGUGCGGAGGCUCAUCGCCCUCCACCGCGACCCUCGGGCUACCGACGAGGAGGUCCUACGAGCCAAGCAGGAGAUACCGAGGGAGGUAAGGAGGGAUGAGGGACGAUGGCAGAAGAGACGCAGAAGAAGAGGCUCAGCAAUCAUUGUGGCACUGCUGCGUAUAUUCCUUCCAGGUGUACCGCACCGUCUGCCAUGGGCUGGAGCGCCACGAGAUCGAAGACCUCACCAAGCUCCUGAUCAGGAACUGCCGCCACGCCGCCUGUAAGUAGAGAGAGAUGGAGAAGGAAUGGAUGACAUGACAUUCGACGACAUACUUUCCCUUCUUCCCUUUGUCUGUCUUCUCCAGCCGUCAUCGCCGCUGAGCGAGGCGUCCCUCCGGCCAGUUUGUUUCCGCCCCCCCUUCUCCCCCUUCUCGCCACACAAUCCCACCCAUCGCCACCACCCCCUCCCUCUCCCCCUCCUGCCCACGGUCCCACCUGCACCGUCGCCCCUCACCGCCACCCACCGACUGAGAAGAUCGAGGUGCUGCCCGCCCCUGCGGGCUACUACCGAGUGAAGGUCUCGGCGGCGGUGUGGGGGGAGGGCGAGAGUGGGGUCACCGGCUGCAUCGCCAGCACCGUCGCCCAGCGACCGUGUCAAGCGUGAGGCCAAGAGCGAGCAGCAGCAGCAGCAGCAGCAGCCGAAGCGCUGCUGCUAAGGAGAAGCAGCACUGCGGCGGUGCCAUCGUCUGUCUGCGCACGACGCCGGUCGCCAUGCUGGCAACGCUGCGGCUGGUGCGGGUGGUGGUUGUGCCGGUGGUGGGCCUGAGCGGGAGGCCAUCGAGGCCGCCGUGAGCUGCACCCAGCACAAGGCGCUGUGGGCGAGUUUGGUGAGCUGCUGGUGACCCCGACUCUCUUCCCGCUCGACGACUGCGACCUCUACACAGAAGAGGAAAUCGCUAUGUGGCUGGCUAUGAAACAGCGUUGCCGACGCUGAUGCAGCAGUCUCCCGGCUGAUCGUCUUGUCGGCAGCGAAAAGAGGGGGUCGUCAGACAAUGGAGACGCCACGAUUGGUGCGGGUGAGGCGCUGAUGGGUUUGCCGGAGGCUGCGAGGGAGGGGGAGAGGCUGGAGGGCAAACACUCGCUGACCACGGCUGCAAUGUCUGUGUCUGUGUCUGUCGUUCUUUUCUGUCUGCAGUCGCGGCGGGUUCGACGCCUCCCCCACUCCCUCCCCCUGUCCCGAUGCCCGUCUACUUCGGCCGCCCGCCAUACAUCCCCCCUCCCUACCGCCGCCCCCCCGCCGCCAUGCCCCUGGUCAAGCCGGACAAGUGCUGCCUGGUGGAGGGGUGGGAGCGCCUGUGUGAGUGUGUGCAUGAUGGGGUCGUGUAUGUGUGUGGGAAGGUCCGGGACUUUGUCGUGUGGGUGUGGGAGGGCUGUGUGUGGGUGGCGACAUGUGGGGGGGCCUGCUGCGUGUACUAAGUAGUUUGUUGCAUCAAACGUGGGGGCUGCAGUGUGCGUGCGAGGUGCUGGUUUCUUUUUUGAGCGCGUUGUCUGACCGUCACCACACCACGUCCGUCUGUCCGUCCGUCCGUCCGUCCGUCUGUCCGUGUCUUCUGUGUGUUUUCACGUGCCGUCUGUGCUGUGGUCUGCUGUGGUCUGCUGUGUUGUGUUGUGUUCUGUUGGGCCUCUGCAAUUUGCUGACAUUUGCUGCUCUUGCUUAGCACUUGUGCUGUUCAUUUGCUUAUUUGCUGCCUGAGUGACGUUCUUGGGUGUGGAG